AUCAAAAUGUAAAGGCCCAGUUUCUAAAAGAAAGAAAAAAAAGUAAAGAAAAAGAAGAGUACCCUUGCGUGGGAACCACCACUAGAAACGUGACACCACCACCAGUCUACCACCAUCACCACCAUCAGUCGACCAAGCGACCGACGGCCAGCCACCCAUAAUCGGCGCCGCCCUACUCCUCCUAUUCUCAGAAACUCAGUCUCCAUUGAAGUUGAAACAAAGGUCUCAUCGUGACUAUUGAAUGGCUGCAACAAGGACUAGAGGUAGUAGUUUUUCUCGUAAUGUGUCGACUGUAACAUCUCAGAAUUCGGGACUCAAGCAUGGCCCUAAUGGGACAACAUUCCUAUCGUCUGGGAUUCCAGAUCUCGACAAGAUUUUAGGUGGCGGUUAUACUCUUGGUAGCCUUGUCAUGAUUAUGGAAGAUGCAGAAGCACCUCAUCAUAUGCUUCUAUUGAGAAAUUUUAUGUCUCAGGGACUAAUACAUAAACAUCCACUCUUGUAUGCUAGUGCUUCUAGAGACCCUAAAGGCUUUCUUGGUACUUUGCCUGCUCCCGCGUCAGCUAAAGAGGAUAAAACUCGAGAUCUUACCAAUGAAAAGGAUUUGAGAAUUGCUUGGCAAUACAAGAAGUACUUUGAUCCUCAGUUAAAUAUCAGCUCUAAUAAUGGUGCUCAGCAAGAUUAUUGCAAUGAUUUAGAUUUGCGGAAGCCUCUGGAUAGACAUUUUUAUAGUGGCAUGAAUGUAGGUUGUGUUAGCAUCCAAGAUUCUCCAGACCUUGCUUCUCUUCAAGAUCAGUGUGCUAAAUUUCUAUCUCAAUUCUCAAGAAAUGAAGCAAAUAUUUCCUCUGCUGGCCGUAUUGCAAUUCAAUCAUUCUGUUCUCCACAAUGCAAAUUUGCAAACAUGGAGUGGCAUAUGCUAUCCUUUAUUAGGUCCCUAAAAGCCAUGGCCCGGUCUUCAAAUGCUGUUGUUCUUGUAUCAUUUCCACCUUCACUUCUUUCUCCAUCUUGUUCAAAAAGAUUGCAACACAUGGCGGACACCUUGCUUUCUGUCAGAGCAAUUCCAGACGAGGACAAGGAAAUGGCAAAACUCCUCACUGGUUACCAAGACAUGGUUGGACUUCUUAAUGUACAUAAAGUUGCACGGUUAAAUACACAGGUUCCCGUGAUUCUCGAGACCACAACAUUCUCAAUAAAAUUGCACAAAAGGAGAUAUUUGGUUCUAGAAUGUCUAAAUCAAGCCCCAGUUGAUGGUUCAAGUGGGAGUUCAUAUAACACAUCUGGCAGUUGCUCUGGGUCAACUAAAGCUGGGUCACUUGAUUUUUAGAAUACACCUUAUUUAUUACUUUAGUUUUUGUAGCAAUAGUUAGUCUGGCUCAAGAUAUUUUGAUAAUCAAGGAAUUUAAAUGAAAUUUUAUACCAGUAUUUGUCAAUUGAUUGCUCAA